CCCUCCGGCGAGGAAGAGACGCGACCUUGUGCGCAUGCCCCGAAUUUAUCACGGAGGGGCGGGGCUGAGGCUGAGAGAGCAAGAGAGGGGAAGAAAAGGGAAUUCCAACCUGUGGAACCUUAGUGGUCCCCGGGGUCGGCUCCUUCCCAUUGACUGUGGGUGGUGCAAGGGACAGAGCGUCUGGCGGCUUGUGGGGGUGUUGAGGUCCGCACCGGGAGGGAGGGGAGUGUCAGAGUGUGAGUGGGGUACGGGAAUUCCAAACUUGAGGGCCUCCUGGCUCAGGCGCCGAGGAGGGAGAGCUCAGGCCGCCAUGCGGGACAGGACCCACGAGCUGAGGCAGGGGGAUGACAGCUCGGACGAAGAGGACAAGGAGCGGGUCGCGCUGGUGGUGCACCCGGGCAUGGCACGGCUGGGGAGCCCGGACGAGGAGUUCUUCCAGAAGCCCUCUCGGUCACCCUCCCCAGGUCCGGGCAAUUCGGCAGACUAUUGUCAAACUGGGGAAUAAAGUCCAGGAGUUGGAGAAACAGCAGGUCACCAUCUUGGCCACGCCCCUUCCCGAGGAGAGCAUGAAGCAGGACUUGCAGAACCUGCGCGAUGAGAUCAAACAGCUGGGGAGGGAGAUCCGCCUGCAGCUGAAGGCCAUAGAGCCCCAGAAGGAGGAAGCUGAUGAGAACUAUAACUCCGUCAACACAAGAAUAAGAAAAACCCAGCACGGGGUCCUGUCCCAGCAAUUCGUGGAGCUCAUCAACAAGUGCAAUUCAAUGCAGUCCGAAUACCGGGAGAAGAACGUGGAGCGGAUCCGGAGGCAACUGAAGAUCACCAAUGCUGGGAUGGUGUCUGACGAGGAGCUGGAACAGAUGCUGGACAGCGGGCAGAGCGAGGUGUUUGUGUCCAAUAUCCUGAAGGACACACAGGUGACUCGACAGGCCUUAAAUGAGAUCUCGGCCCGGCACAGUGAGAUCCAGCAGCUUGAACGCAGUAUUCGCGAACUGCACGAGAUCUUCACUUUUCUGGCUACUGAAGUGGAGAUGCAGGGGGAGAUGAUCAAUCGGAUCGAGAAGAACAUUCUGAGCUCAGCAGACUACGUGGAACGUGGGCAGGAGCACGUCAAGACGGCCCUGGAGAACCAGAAGAAGGCUAGGAAGAAGAAAGUCUUGAUUGCCAUCUGUGUGUCCGUCAUCAUCGUCCUCCUAGCAGUCAUCAUUGGCGUCACAGUGGUUGGAUAAUGCCGCACAUUGUUGGCACUAGGAGCACCAGGGACCCAGGGCCUGGCCUUCUCUCCCAGCAACCUGGGGGGCAGGGCAGAAUCUCCAGCCGGACCCCUCCCUCACACUGGCCCCUAUGCAGAGAGGCAGACAGUUCUGGGGUUGGUAGCUGCUCAUUCAUGGGGGCCUCUGCCUUCAGGCCUCAAUGCCUGGGGGAGGCCUGCACUGUCCUGAUUCGCCAGGACACACGGUUUUGUAAAAAAUUAAAAAACAGAAAAAGAGCAUGGAAA